AGUACAAAAAUUAGCCGGGCAUGGUAGCAGGUGCCUGUAAUCCCAACUACUUGGGAGACUGAGGCAGGAGAAUUUCUUGAACCCAGGAGGUGGAGGUUGCAUUGAGCCGAGAUCACACCACUGCACUCCAACCUGGGGACAGAGUGAGACUGUGUCUCUAAAAACAAAAAAGAAUUUCAGUGCAUACACAACACAAUCUCUUUUUUUUUGGUUUAUAAAAACGACAAAAAAGGAUAAGAAGGGGAUAACAGGAUGAAUUAUCAAGAUAAGACCAGGCCUCUUAAACCAUGACCAUAGAAAGUGUUCAAGGUUCAAGUGACAUACUGCAGUCAAUGUCAGGUUUCACGAAUUGAGAGCUCACACUUUUCAUUUCUAGGAAUUUACAGUACUGCUGACACUUGGAGAUCAGCACCGGUGAGCUGAGUGAACUGGUAUUAAAAAGGUCAAACACACAGUUGCUGCUAAAGCUUUGGAGGGAACAAAAUUUCCUAAGCCCACAGUCUGUCCUUUGGUAGCGAAGGAAGGAAUCCAGGUCUUAUGCAUGGGCCAAACAGAAAGCAUAACUCCUACUGUAGAACUAAAUGCACUGUGCAUGAAACUUGGAAAAAAACCAAUGUAUAAGCCUGUUGACCCUUACUCUCGGAUGCAGUCCACCUAUAACUACAACAUGAGAGGAGGUGCUUAUCCCCCGAGGUACUUUUACCCAUUUCCAGUUCCACCUUUACUUUAUCAAGUGGAACUUUCUGUGGGAGGACAGCAAUUUAAUGGGAAAGGAAAGACAAGACAGGCUGCGAAACAUGAUGCUGCUGCCAAAGCAUUGAGGAUCCUGCAGAAUGAGCCCCCACCGGAGAGGCUGGAGGUGAAUGGAAGAGAAUCCGAAGAAGAAAAUCUAAAUAAAUCUGAAAUAAGUCAAGUGUUUGAGAUUGCACUUAAACGGAACUUGCCUGUGAAUUUUGAGUCUUUCCCUCUGAAACAGGUGGCCCGGGAGAGUGGCCCACCCCACAUGAAGAACUUUGUGACCAAGGUUUCGGUUGGGGAGUUUGUGGGGGAAGGUGAAGGGAAAAGCAAGAAGAUUUCAAAGAAAAACGCCGCCAUAGCUGUUCUUGAGGAGCUGAAGAAGUUACCGCCCCUGCCUGCAGUUGAACGAGUAAAGCCUAGAAUCAAAAAGAAAACAAAACCCAUAGUCAAGCCACAGACAAGCCCAGAAUAUGGCCAGGGGAUCAAUCCGAUUAGCAGACUGGCCCAGAUCCAGCAGGCAAAAAAGGAGAAGGAGCCAGAGUACAUGCUCCUCACAGAGCGAGGCCUCCCGCGCCGCAGGGAGUUUGUGAUGCAGGUGAAGGUUGGAAACCACACUGCAGAAGGAGCGGGCACCAACAAGAAGGUGGCCAAGCGCAAUGCAGCCGAGAACAUGCUGGAGAUCCUUGGUUUCAAAGUCCCGCAGGCACAGCCCACCAAACCAGCACUCAAGUCAGAGGAGAAGACACCCAUAAAGAAACCAGGGGAUGGAAGAAAAGUAACCUUUUUUGAACCUGGCUCUGGGGAUGAAAAUGGGACUAGUAAUAAAGAGGAUGAGUUCAGGAUGCCUUACCUAAGUCAUCAGCAGCUGCCUGCUGGAAUUCUUCCCAUGGUGCCCGAGGUCGCCCAGGCUGUAGGAGUUAGUCAAGGACAUCACACCAAAGAUUUUACCAGGGCAGCUCCAAAUCCUGCCAAGGCCACGGUAACUGCCAUGAUAGCCCGAGAGUUGUUGUAUGGGGGCACCUCGCCCACAGCCGAGACCAUUUUAAAGAAUAACAUCUCUUCAGGCCACGUACCCCAUGGACCUCUCACGAGACCCUCUGAACAACUGGACUAUCUUUCCAGAGUCCAGGGAUUCCAGGUUGAAUACAAAGACUUCCCCAAAAACAACAAGAACGAAUUUGUAUCUCUUAUCAAUUGCUCCUCUCAGCCACCUCUGAUCAGCCAUGGUAUCGGCAAGGAUGUGGAGUCCUGCCAUGAUAUGGCUGCGCUGAACAUCUUAAAGUUGCUGUCUGAGUUGGACCAACAAAGUACAGAGAUGCCAAGAACAGGAAACGGACCAAUGUCUGUGUGUGGGAGGUGCUGAACCUUUUCUGGCCAUGAACCAUUAAAAAAUCCCAACAUAUAUACUGAAAAUACUGAAACUGCUUUGAAAAUUUGGAAUUUCUGAUACCUCCAGUGGGCCGAGAGACACGGUGGGUAAAGGAUGUGGGCAGCAGCAGGGAAGACAACAGACACGAGGCGGCGGCUGUGGCCGGGCUGGACUGUGCUGGGGUUGUGACGGCCACUCGGUGACCUGGUGGUCCCUAUGCAAUAGCAGCUGCCUGUGGGGAAGAAGGGCUGCCCAGCCAGCUGGUUCUCCCGGGACACCAGCAGAUCCACACCCUGGGCACCUCCGUGUUUGGUCUUUUUUUCCCCCUGUGUGAAAGAAGAAACAGCAUGACCCUUUCUCAGGCUGGCUCACUCAGACACAUUGGGACAAACCCUGGACAGCCAUGCCAGAGAGAGGCCUUUGACCGGCCCCAGAGCUAAAAGCACCAGAGAAAAUCAAAUGCUUCCUACUCAGCGUGACCCAACUUUUCUAGCGUGCUAUGGCCCCACCACCUCCUGCAGUACCCACACCAUCACCACUGCUUUCUCUUCCAACAGUGAUCUGUAUUCUUAGUUUCAUUAUUUUCUUUUGAUUGAUAUGACACUAUAUAAAAUUUUCAUUUGAGAGUUUCUCAAUUGUAUCUAGUUAUAUAGCACAGUUUGGAAACUUGUCUGAGACUGACUUUAUCAAUAAUCUAACCGACAAAGAUCAUAUCCAUGUGUAUGUGGUUAGAUAUUUUUAUUUAAUUGACUAACCCAGGACAAUUUCAGUGAUGCAAAUUGUGUGCCCUCUGGUUCUGCUGAAACAGUCCUGGACUUUCAAAAACCUUGAAUAAGUCUCCCACAGUUGUAUAAAUUGGACAAUUUAGGAAUUUUAAACUUUAGAUGAUCAUUUGGUUCCAUUUUUAUUUCAUUUUUAUUUUUGUUAAUGCAAACAGGACUUAAAUGAACUUUGAUCUCUGUUUUAAAGAUUAUUAAAAAAAAUUGUGUAUCUAUACAUACAGCUCUUGAGGACUUAGCUUUCACUACACUACAGGAUAUGAUCUCCAUGUAGUCCAUAUAAACCUGCAGACUGAUUUUCCAGAGUGCUCGAUACUGUUAAUUACAUCUCCAUUAGGGCUGAAAAGAAUGACCUACAUUUCUCUAUACAGCUGUGUUGCUUUUGAUGUUGUGUUAUUGUACACAGAAGUGUGUGCACUGAGGCUCUGCGUGUGGUCCGUAUGGAAAGCCUGGUAGCCCUGCGAGUUAAGUACUGCUUCCAUUCAUUGUUUACGCUGGAAUUUUUCUCCCCAUGGAAUGUAAGUAAAACUUAGUGUUUGUCACCAAUAAAUGGUAAUACUAAAUUUUUUUUGUUAAUUUAUUCUCAAAUGCCACUACUGCUAGGUUGGUCCCCUCCCAACUUGCCCCUAUCCUUUUUUUAUUUUUAAGAAAAAACUUUGUAAUGCUUGUGAUUCCAUCUGGGCAAAAAUCUGAAGAUCUGAAAUAACUUUAUAUCAAACCAUUGAUCAAUAAACAGCUACUAAUGAA